CCUUAUAAACGACGCGAUUGUUAACUUUUGCAAGGGUGAAGUCUACUAACCUUAUUCUACUCUUUUCAUAGCAUUUUAGUUUUGGGAACAAAAAACUGUAUUGAGAUCAGAUGUUUCUUCGAUGAGAAAAUGCUAAAUGUCGGGUAAAAUCCAUCUCUUUCCAUCUUCUCCUACUGCCAGCCAGAGUGUAAACGCCAAGCGGAUGCUUCACAUUUUAUACAUCCGGUGAAAUAUCUGUCUCAUUGUUCCAUCUGUGAUGUCGCUGUUGAACUGUGGUCGUGGAGGAACAGGAAGUAAAAACAACAACAGAGAAAGCCGCAGAACUGUGCUGUCGAAACGAUAGCUGUUGUAUUACUACAGGACGACUAGAAUUAAGUCUGAGGCCGGUAACAUCCACAGUGAGGACAAACCCAGCCUGCCUCUCUCCUUCCACACUGAGUCCAAACCUACAGUCACUGGGUCCUGAUUGUGACAGUGGAGCCCAGUUUGCUCUGCAGGAUCCAGAGAUGGCAUCAGUGAAGCUGGAAGACUGCAGUCAAACACUGGAGCUGAAUGUCAAAAUUAAAGAUGAAGAAGAGGAGGAGAAGAUUGGGACAACUGUUACUCAUGGACACCAUGUUGAGACAUUCUCUACAUCCAGAGAGCAACAGCCGGAAGAUCACAGAGCUAAGAGGUCUCACCACUGCCCACAUUGUGAGGAGAUUUUCCCAAUUCUAUCAAAGCUAAAAAUACACCUAAAAAUACACACUGGCGAGAAUCCGUAUUCCUGCUCUGACUGUGGGAAGACUUUCUCCCGAUUGGAUACCUUAAAAACGCAUGAACGUAUACAUACAGGAAAUGAUCCGUAUUUCUGUACUGACUGUGGGAAAAGCUUCACAACAUCAGGAACUCUGACAAUUCAUCAGAGAGUGCACACUGGAGAGAAGCCUUACUCCUGCUCUGACUGUGGGAAGAGGUUCUCUCAACAGAUCCAUUUACAAAAACACCAACAUAUUCAUACUGGAGAGAAGCCUUACUGCUGCUCUGACUGUGGGAAGAGUUUCUCUCAACAGAACCACUUAAAAUGUCACCAGCGAAUACAUACAGGCGAGAAGCCUUACUCCUGCCCUGACUGUGGGAAGAGUUUCAUCCGAUUGGAUAUUUUAAAAUGCCACCAGCGAAUACAUACAGGAGAGAAGCCUUAUUGCUGCUCUGAGUGUGGGAAGAGUUUCUCCCAACUGGGUAACUUAAAAACACACCAACUUAUACAUAACGGAGAGAAGCCUUACUCCUGCUCUGAUUGUGACCGACUCAGAUUAAGUCUGAGGCCAGUAACAUCAACAGUGAGGACAAACCCAGCCUGCCUCUCUCCUUCCACACUGAGUCCAAACCUACAGUCACUGGGUCCUGAUUGUGACAGUGGAGCCCAGUUUGCACUGCAGGAUCCAGAGAUGACAUCAGUGAAGCUGGAAGACUGCAGUCAAACACUGGAGCUGAAUGUCAACAUUAAAGAUGAAGAUGAGGAGGAGAAGGUUGGGACAUCUGUUUCUGAUGGAGACCAUGUUGAGACAUUCUCUACAUCCAGAGAGCAACAGCAGGAAGGUCACAGAGCUAAGAGGUCUCAUCCCUGCCCACAUUGUGAGGAGAUUUUCCCAUUUCUAUCAAAACUAAAAAUACACUUAAAAAUACACACAGGAGAUAAUCUGUAUUCCUGCACUGACUGUGGGAAGAGUUUAAAAACAUCACAGGCUCUGACAGUUCAUCAGAGAGUGCACACUGGAGAGAAACCUUACUCUUGCUCUGAUUGUGGGGAGCGUUUCUCUCAUCAGAGCAACUUAAAAACACACCAACGUAUACACACAGGUGAGAAGCCUUACAACUGCUCUGACUGUGGAAAAUGUUUCACAACAUCAACUGGACUAACAGUUCAUCAGAGAACACACACAGGAGAGAAGCCUUACUUCUGUUCUGACUGUGGGAGGAGUUUCAUAACAUCAAGGACUCUGACAGUUCAUCAGAAAAUGCACACUGGAGAGAAACCUUACUACUGCUCUGAUUGUGGGGAGAGUUUCUCUCAACAGAGCAAUUUUAAAACACACCAACGUACACACACAGGAGAUAAGCCUUACUACUGCUCUGACUGUGGGAAGGGUUUCUCUCAACAGAUCCACUUAAUAUGUCACCAGCGAAUACACACAGGAGAGAAGCCUUACUCCUGCUCUGACUGUGGGAAGGGUUUCUCCCAACAGAGCAACUUAAAAUGUCACCAACGCAUACAUAAAGGAGAGAAGCCUUACUCCUGCUCUGACUGUGGGAAGUGCUUCACAACAUCAACUGAGCUAAAAGUUCAUCAAAGAGGACACACAGGAGAGAAGCCUUACUCCUGCUCUGACUGUGGGAAGAGUUUCUCCCAACAGGGCAGCUUAAAAAUACACCAACGUAUACAUAAAGGAGAGAAGCCUUACUCCUGCUCUGACUGUGGGAAGUGCUUCACAACAUCAACUGAGCUAAAAAUUCAUCAAAGAAGACACACAGGAGAGAAGCCUUACUCCUGCUCUGACUGUGGGAAGAGUUUCUCCCAAUUGGCUACCUUAAAAACACAUCAACGUAUACAUAAAGGCAAGAAGCCUCAUCAGUUGUCUCAGUCCAGUUAAGAUUAGUCACUCCAUCGCUUCAUUCUCAUCUCAUAAAGGAAUUGUUAACAGUGAAUUUGAUAACAUUAAGAAGAACACUCAAUUGUAAUCCUAUUGUUUCUCAUUGACAACUGUGCAGAGGGGGUGGUGCUGGAGAUGAAUAUUGAAUAUGAAGUUUAAACAUUUUCCUUUUAAGGCAAAAACAAAAGGAGGGUGGUUGGUUGGUCGGGUGUAUAGAUGGGUCUGCAUAUAACAUGAACGUAUUGCAACCCAAAGGUUUCAUGUUCGAAUCUCAUCAUAGACAACUUUUGCAUUUUAGCUAAUAAGCAACUUUGCAACUACACUACAUGGCCAGGAGUAUGUGGACACCUGCUCGUCGAACAUCUCAUUACAAAAUCAUGGGCAUUAAUAUGGACUUGGUCCUCCGCCCUCUGCUGCUAUAACA